CCGGAAGUAUAGUCAAUUUUUUAUUCACAGGAAAAAAAACACAGCUGGUAUUGGAAAAAAAAAGAAAACACCGAAAAUGCCAGCCUCAGAGAGAGGAACAGAUCCUCUCGACCCUCUACCCAAGAUGAGGAAGUUGGAUGAGGAUGGCAAAGCAAAUCAAAGUGGACCCGCACCAGCUGCCAACAACAGGUCCCUAAAAGAAAUACAUAUGCAAGAGCAGACAGUCGCCCCUCGGACCAAGAGAAAACUGUCGGCCUCGUCGGAGGAGGGAGACAAACCAGCCAAGGCGUACCGACGGGGUUCCCCUGUUAACGAAUCUAGCACAAGCACUUUAGAUUCAUCUGCCAUGAAAACCACAAGUGCCUCCUGCGGAGAAGCUCCAUUAGAUGGUGCUAUCUUCAACGUUUAUCCUGUUGGAUCCACUUCCUCCGAGUCUGAUGACAACGCUAAGACUGACCUUACAGGUAGCGGUGAGACUCCUUGCAUUAGGCAAUAUUCCAUCCAAGUCCCAGCUAAGCGCAAGGCUGAAGAUGAGUCAUGUGGCGACUCACUGGAGGUGAGUACAAAGUUACAUACAGAAACUCUGAUUGAUCACAGCUAUGGAAGAGCAUCAGAUUUGAGCCAUGACAACACAGUGGGGGCGACUCCGGAAGAAUACAAAGAAUCCUCAGCAAAGAGACACAAAAAUAUGUCAAACACGGAUGAUUUAAAGGACACUUUAGGUUCUAAAAUGGUCAGUAUCAAAUUUGCAGCUAAAGAAAAGGACAUAAAAGAAGCAGACAAGCAAACAUUUACGGACAACAAAACCAUUGCACCAUGCACAGAAGUUGCGACUAAUAAAAACCAAAGCGAUUUAACUGUCGAAGCUCGACCCUUGUCAUCAGACACAUGUUGCAGCAACGGAGAAGUACACCAGCACUCUACAGACGACGAACCAAGAUGUCGAAACAGUGAUUUAAAAGAGACUGCUACUAGGGAAACAAUGCACAAUUUUUUACAGGAAACACUGGAGGGUGAGACUAAAACUGAGGGGGACAAUGUCUCUGUGGGGUCUGAGAAUGUAUGUGGAGAACAUCAAGAACCCUUCUUUAACUGCACCCCAGAAGAAGAGGUCUUGAUAGAAAGUUGUCAACUUGGCAGCCAGAGUGAGGGGAAUCAAACAAUAAUGGUGUCUGAUGGAAACCCAGAGAGCUGCAUUGAAGAAAAUCAAAUAAUAAUAGAAUCAGGAAAGAACCCAGAGAACUACUGCAGUGAAGAAAAUCAAACAAUAAUAAAAUCUGCAAAGAACCCAGAGAACUACUGCAGUGAAGAAAAUCAAUCUAUAAUUGAACCUGGAAAGAACCCAGAGAACUAUUGCACUGAAGGAAAUCAAUCUAUAAUGGAAUCUGGAAAGAACCCACAAAACUACCGCAGUGAAGAAAAUCAAACAAUUGUUGAAUCUGGAAAAAACCCAGAGAACUAUUGCAGUGAAGGAAGUAAAUCUAUAAUGGAACCUGGAAAAAAUCCAGAGAACUACUGCAUUGAAGAAGAUCAAAGAAAAAUCAAAUCCAGAAAGAACCCAGAGAGCUGCCCUGAAGAAAAUCAAACAAUAAUCAAAUCUGGAACGGAUUUAGCCAACUACUGCAGUGAAGGAAAUCAAACAAUAAUUGAAUCUGGAAAGGAUUCAGCAAACUACUGCAUUGUAAAAAAUGAAACGGUAAUAGAACCUGGAAAGAACCCAGAGAGCUGCAUUGAAGACAAUCUUACAAUAAUAAAAUCAGAAAAGAACCUACAGAGAUGCAUUGAACAAAAUCUAAUAAAAUUAGAAUCUGGAAAGAAGUCAGAAAGCUGCAUUGAAAAAAAUCUGAAGUCGGCAUCUGAAAGUCUGACUGAAGAAAAAGAAGCAACAGCGAUAGUUGGCAACCAUGAAAGUCAAACUAAAGAAAUUGUAACAAAUAUUGAGUGUGAGAAGGUUCCUGGAGGUCAGAUUGAAAAAGCAUUUACAACAGAGGAGUCUGAUAAAACCCCAGAGAUUCCAGUUGAAGAACAUGUCGUCAAAGAUAUGUUGGCUUCAAAGGAAACUGAGCCCACGCCACAAAAAGUCCUUGUCGGAGUUUAUAGCGCAGAGAAUCCAUUCAGUAGAAGCACAGAAAAUCAACUUGAAGAAACCGCAAUCAGUGCUGAUCUACUAGAAAAAGGGUCAGCGGGUAAACCAGAAAGUCCCUCUAAGGAAAAUAUAACGUCAGUAGACUGUGACGGAGAGAUGUAUGUGGAAAAAAAUGUAACAGCAUUAGAAGAGCAUGUGAGAAAAACUCUGCCACUUUCAAAAAAAAGUGAACCAACACCACACAAGCGCCUCAUAGGGACUCAUGGCGCAGAGACUUGGUUCGAGGAGAAAGGCAUGGAGUUUGACAGAAAUCCAGGUAAUAAACCUGAAGAAACCACAAUGGAAGCCAGUAGGUCCUGUGAUGAUCUACAUAGCAUGGAGUCAGACAGUGAACCAGAAAGUGCCACUAGAAUAAAUCUAGCCGCAGAUCCUGACUUAAAGAGUCUUGUAGAAGAAAAUGUAACCGUGAUGGAAGACCAUGUAAGAGAAAGUCUGCAACUUUCAAGAGAAACUGAACCCACACCACAUGAGCUCUUAAUAGGUACUCAUGACGCAGAUUUGUUUGGGGAGAAGCACAUGAAGUUUGACAGAAACCCAAAUAAUCAACCUCAACAAACUACAAUGGAAGCCAGGAAGUCCUGCGAUAGUCUACAUGAAAUGGAAUCAGACUGUAAACCAGAGAGUCCCACUAAGGAACAUGUAACACCACUGGCUCCUGACAUUGACAGUCAUGCAGAAGAACAUUUAACAGUUAUAAAAGAACAUGUAAGAGAAAGUCUGCCACUUUCAAGAGAAACUAACCCCAUACCACAUGAGGUCCUAAUAGGAAGUCAUGAUGCAGAUACUUGGUUUGAAGAGAAGCACAUGAAGUUUGACAGAAUCUCAGAGAAUCAACCCCAUGAAACCAGUAAGUCCUCUGAUGAUCCACCAAAAAUUGAGUCAGACGGUAAACCACACUGCCCCACUCAAAAAAAUGUAACUUCACUGGAUCCUGACAUAAACCCAGAGAAUCAACCUCAAGAAACCACAAUGGAAGCCAGUAAGCCCUGUGAUAAUCUACAUGAAAUGAAGACGGAUGGUAAACCGGAGAAUCCCACUAAGGAACAUGUGACAUUACUGGAUCCUGACAUAGAGAGUCAUGUGAAAGAAAAUAUAACCGUGAUAGAAGAACAUGUAAGAGAAAAUCUACCACGUUCAAGAAAAACUGAACCCACACCACGUGAGCUCCUUAUGUGUACUAAUGACGCAGAUACUUUGUUUGUUGAGAAGCACAUGAAGUUUGACAGAAUCUCAGAGAAUCAACCCCAAGAAACCACAAUUGAAGCCAGUAAGUCCUCCAAUGAUCUGCCAAAAAUGGAGUCAGAUGGUAAACCACACGGCAUCACUCAAGAAAAUGUAACAUCACUGGAUCCUGACAUAAACCCAGAGAAUCAACCUCAAGAAAUCACAAUGGAAGCCAGUAAGCCAUGUGAUGAUCUACAUAAAAUGAAGACAGAUAGUAAACCGGAGAGUCCCACUGAGGAACAUGUGACAUUACUGGAUCCUAACAUAGAGAGUCAUGUUAAAGAAAAUAUAGCAGUGAUAGAAGAACAUGUAGGAAAAAGUCUGCCACUUUCAAGAGAAACUGAACCCACACCACAUGAGGUCCUUAUAGGUACUCAUGACGCAGAUACUUUGUUUGUGAAGAAACACACAAAAUCUGACAAAAAACAAAAAAAUCAACCUCAAGAAACCAUAAUGGAAGCCAAUAAGCCCUGUGAUGACCUACAUGAAAUGGAGACAGACGGUACACCAGAGUGUCCCACAAAAGAAAAUGUAACUUCAAUGGAUCCUGAUAUUGAGAGUCAUGUGGAAGAAAAUGUAACAGUGCUAGAAGAACAUGUAGGAGAAAGUCUGCCACUUUCAAGAGAAAAUGAACCCACACCACAUGAGGUCCUUAUAGGUACUCAUGACGCAGAUACUUUGUUUGUGGAGAAGCACACAAAAUCUGACAAAAAACAAAAAAAUCAACCUCAAGAAACCACAAUGGAAGCCUAUAAGCCCUGUGAUGAUCUACAUGAAAUGGAGACAGACGGUAAACCAGAGAGUCCCACAAAAGAAAAUGUAACUUCACUGGAUCCUGAUAUUGAGAGUCACGUGGAAGAAAAUGUAACAGUGAUGGAAGAACAUGGAGGAGAAAGUCUGCCACUUUCAAGAGAAACUGAACCCACACCACAUGAGAUCAUUAUAGGUACUCAUGACGCAGAUACUUUGUUUGUGGAGAAGCACAUGGAAUCUGACAGAUUUCCAGAGAAUCAACCCCAAGAAACCACAAUUAAAGCCAGUAAGUCCUCUGAUGAUCUACAUGAAAUGGAGUCAAACGGUAAACCACACUGCCCCACAAAAGAAAAUGUAACCUCACUGGAUCCUGACAGAGAGAGUCACGUACAAGAACAUGUAACAGUGAUAGAAGAACAUGUAGGAGAAAGUCUGCCACUUUCAAGAGAAACUGAACCCACACCACAUGAGGUCCUUAUAGGUACUCAUGACGCAGAUACUUUGUUUGUGAAGAAACACACAAAAUCUGACAAUAAACAAAAAAAUCAACCUCAAGAAACCACAAUGGAAGCAAAUAAGCCCUGUGAUGAUCUACAUGAAAUGGAGACAGACGGUACACCAGAGAGUCCCACAAAAGAAAAUGUAACUUCACUGGGUCCUGAUAUUGAGAGUCAUGUGGAAGAAAAUGUAACAGUGAUGGAAGAACAUGUCGGAGAAAGUCUGCCACUUUCAAGAGAAACUGAACCCACACCACAUGAGAUCAUUAUAGGUACUCAUGACGCAGAUACUUUGUUUGUGGAGAAGCACAUGGAAUCUGACAGAAUUCCAGAGAAUCAACCCCAAGAAAUCACAAUUAAAGCCAGUAAGUCCUCUGAUGAUCUACAUGAAAUGGAGUCAAACGGUAAACCACACUGCCCCACGAAAGAAAAUGUAACCUCACUGGAUCCUGACAGAGAGAUUCACGUACAAGAACAUGUAACAGUGAUAGAAGAACAUGUAGGAGAAAGUCUGCCACUUUCAAGAGAAACUGAACCCACACCACAUGAGGUCCUUAUAGGUACUCAUGACGCAAAUACUUUGUUUGUGAAGAAACACACAAAAUCUGACAAUAAACAAAAAAAUCAACCUCAAGAAACCACAAUGGAAGCAAAUAAGCCCUGUGAUGAUCUACAUGAAAUGGAGACAGACGGUACACCAGAGAGUCCCACAAAAGAAAAUGUAACUUCACUGGGUCCUGAUAUUGAGAGUCAUGUGGAAGAAAAUGUAACAGUGAUGGAAGAACAUGUCGGAGAAAGUCUGCCACUUUCAAGAGAAACUGAACCCACACCACAUGAGAUCAUUAUAGGUACUCAUGACGCAGAUACUUUGUUUGUGGAGAAGCACAUGGAAUCUGACAGAAUUCCAGAGAAUCAACCCCAAGAAAUCACAAUUAAAGCCAGUAAGUCCUCUGAUGAUCUACAUGAAAUGGAGUCAAACGGUAAACCACACUGCCCCACGAAAGAAAAUGUAACCUCACUGGAUCCUGACAGAGAGAGUCACAUGCAAGAAAAUGUAAUAGUGAUAGGAGAACAUGUAAGAGAAAGUCUCCCACUUUCAAGAGAAACUGAACCCACACCACAUGAGGUCUUUAUAGGUACUCAUGACGCUGAUACUUUGUUUGGGGAGAAGCACAUGAAAUCUAACAGAAUCCCAGAGAAUCAACCUCAAAAAACUAUAAUGGAACCCAGUAAGCCCUCUGAUGAUCUACAUGAAAUGGAGUCCGACGGUAAACCAGAGAGUCACAGUAAGGAAAAUUUAACCUCGGUGGAUCCUGACAUUGAGAGUCAUGUGGGAAAAAAUGUAACCGUGAUAGAAAAACAUGUGACAGUGAUAGAAGAACAUGUAACAGAAGGUCUGUCACUUUUUAAGUAUGUAAAACCCCUGCCACAAGAGGUCCUCGUAGAAGGUAGUUCAGAGGUCAAUCAAAUUGUGACUGAUAAUGAAGCAGAAACAGCAAUGGUGUCUGAAGCACAAAAGAGUGAAGAAAAUGUAAAAGAGAAGCUGUCACUCUUAAAGGAACACAAACCACAAGAGUUCUUCAUUCAAAGUCAAAUUAAGAAACAAAGUGAGGGUCCAAGUGAAAAACAUCUAAUGGCCACACAGCCUGAUAGCAAUCCAGAGAGGCAGAUUGAAGAAAUCACACCACCACCAAAGGUCCUUAUAUGCAGUGUUAAUACAGUUGAGGACAGCCAAAUGGAGUCCAUUGAAAACCCAGAGAGCCAGACAGAAGUAAGUGUUGUAAUUAAAUCAACUUUUCCCGGGGAAUCAUUGUCGUCAUCCGAACACAAGCAGCAGCAAGUGCCAAAUUCUUUUGACGUUGUCAACAGAACAACUGAGGUGUUGACACAUGACACAGUUGAUGAGCAAAAUGGAACAAUGGAGGUGUCCUCUGAAUGUGUCACCGUCUUGGUGAGUCCGACAGACGUGGAAGUGACGGCGGAGGGAAGUUUUGAUUCGCAAGAGGAAAUCAACAGCCACAAUGCUAAUGACGAUACAGACAUACCAGCUGUUGAAGAGAAUGUGAUGGAAAGUGUGGAAAAAGAACAUGAGUCCUUUGACUAUUCCACAGCACUGGUGAAUAAAAUGAGCGUUCAGGCUCCAGCAGCAACUGAAAAUGCAAAGCAUCCUGCCUAUUUACUGGAAGCAAACAGUCACAGCAACAUUGAUGGAACAAUAGAUGUAUUGAUUAGUGAAAGAACUGAAUCCAUGGAACAUGAAGACUACUUGAACUUGGAGCACGUUCAGGAGAAUGCAAAUCAAGAAAUUAUGACAAAUGCAAAAAUUCAGGAAGUAUCUACUAAUGCCCAAAAUGAUUUAAAGAGCUGUGGAAAAGAAUAUGUACCCCCUCCAGAGAAACAACAAGUGACGACAACAUUUGCCGAGAAGUCGGACAGAGUGGAAGUAAGUCAAAACAGCCCGGGUGUUCCUGAAAAUGAUUCUGUAAUUGCAGUUGAUUUCCUGGUGCAGACCGCAAAAGACGUGAUAAUGAAACUCCCGGUGGAAGCACUAGGGGAUAUUAGCCCAACACAUGUGGAGAUACAUACAAUAACAGAAGACACAUCUUCUAAAGCACUCGCAGAACAAAGCCAGAAGAGGCUGGAAGUUGCUGACACACACACGUCACCUAAAACUCAGACUGAAACAUCACAAAAUACGAAGCAUAAAGACUCUCCUAGAUGUGAUGCCGCUCAGGAGCAUCAGGCUACAUUAGCAUCUAACAUUGCUAGCACAUCGGAGACACAAAUCAUGCAAGGUCAAACAGAAAAAAUGACCACGACAUUAGAAACUUGUCACAUGACACAAGUUGAAAAUGUCAUGACAGACGGUUCUCCCAAUAAUGAAGAAAAUCAAUUCAAAUAUGAAGCAAUGUCGACACAGGAGUAUCCUCAUCACACCUCCAUAGUAGAGAAAAGAAACGAGAAGCAAGGUGUCACUAAAGUUUGUGCAUCCCACAUAGCUGAUAUUCAGAAGUUCCCAGUUGUUUCCACAAAUGACUGUAAUGAAAACAAGCAUUGUGUUGGUGCCACAGACAUAGAAAUGGAUCUGGACACAUUAACAGAAGAAGUGUCCAAAGCCGAGAAAGCCCAUGAAUUCAUUCAAAAAGGUCUUGUUGUUUCAAGCUCUGAGGAACAGAGGGUCAUAAAGGAGGCUGUCACCAAAAGUUUGAACAUAGCUGAAAGCAAAAUAGAAGUUAACUUGCCAGCAGCAACAACAGCACUCGAUUCAACCUCUAAUCCAUCUUUUGCAGUCCAAAGCAUCAGUGAAUUGCCCUGUUUAAAAGUGGACUUUGAGAGUGUGGAGAAUGAGGGCAGGACCCAUGGUAUUAUGCCAGAGGGCCCACUAAGUGAUACAACUGUAACGGACACUUGUAUUGCAGUGAUUAAUGUAGUACAACAUAUCAAUGAGGUGGAGAAAAUCACUUUGACAAGUGAAAGUCAAAAAUCCAUCACCGAUGUGGGGAAUGCCCAGGAAGAAAAAGAGCUUGAUACACAUCUAGAUCCUAUGGAUGUUCGAAGUAAAACUGUGGAACCAGUAGAAUUUGUAUCAGAAGAUGAGACAUGUAAGCAAGAAAUGAAUAAAGCCAAAGAAGAGGAUUCAUUUGUUACUACUACUGAGAGGUCUGACAUAACUCAUAGAGAAGCAUCUGAAAGCAGGGGCAUUGAAGUGUUGGUUUGUGACCAAUCCGAGGACUCUCCUACUGUGCUCCACGUCUCAGACGAGCAGAGUGACACAGUCAGUCAAAGCCAGAUUGUGUAUGAGCCCAUUAGUAGUCCAGAGAGUAAUGCAGAUGGGGAUGCUGUUACAGCUGUGGAGAAGCAGGAUUUUGUGUCUAUGGAGGACACACGGACUGCCCAACUCAUGAAAGAGGACUUGUUUGCUCAUGAAAGCGUGGUCACCAGUAAAUUGCAGCUGGAAAACGAGAAAUUGACUACAGAAGAACAAUCAGCAGUAGAAACGAUGGCGGUAGAACAAAGCGCCACCGUUUCUGAGGUGAAUAGCCCAUCUGCAGUAAUCGGCUCGAGCGUCGCUAUCAACACAACAGCAGAUGACUUUGCACAGGAAAAAGAAAGUGUGUCAACAGAGCCAGAGUGUGUAGUGGCUGCACAGCUUUGUGGAUCGCUGCAAGAGGACAUCCCAGCCAUAUCUGCAGUGGAGAUAGCAGCUGGUGCAACUGAGCGGUAUCUGAUCCUCGAACCAGUCCUAGAAAACAAAAUUCACUUUGAUAUUGUUUCUCAAGCCGCAGCUGCAUCAGGUCUAUCUUCUCCUUGCUAUGAUACCGUUCAUCCAGAUAGUACUUUCACGGCUGACGUGGAAAGUCAAACUGCUUCAAAUGGACCUCAAGAGACCUUCCUCUCAGAGACUGACAUUUUGCGAAACCAAACACCUGCUGAGGUCAGUGGUGCUGUAGCUGAAGAGGCAGGAGGAGUAACUGCCCCACCUGUGGAGGAAGCUGCCCAACUUAUCGAAACUCCAGACCAUUUCCUUCAGCCACAGCAAUGUGGUGAUAGUGACUUUGCCCUGCAGGAAGUGCAAAUUUUGGAGGACAUGGAGAUCGGUAGAGAGAUUGUUGUGGCCGAUGAGGAAGAUGGUUGCAUUAACAUUAUAGAAAACACUGAUGAAACAAUUGAAAUACCUCCUCUUCAAAAGACAGAGGAAAGGCUCAGUGACAAAAAGGAGGAUGAAGGUGCUUCAAAGACGAACAAUUUAACUGAAAAGGACGAUACCAAAAAGUCACGAGAGGUUGAGAAACCCAAGAAGCAAGAAAUGAACACUCAAGCAAGGACCAAAGCUCGUCUUGCAGCUUUAGCUGAGCAGAAAGCUGCCGCCAUGAAGAAGGCUGCCAACAAACAGCAACUCAACCUCUUAGCCCUUUGUCAGGAAAUUGCUGAGGACAUAGCCACAGACAGCAUGCUGUUAAAGAGGAUCGAGGAAGAAAAGCAAGCGGCAGCCAAAGGUGAGGCCAGUAAGAAGGAGAAUCCCGCUGUUAGCACGCAGGAAGCAGCCACCACUGACGUCAAGACUCCCACUGAAUCAGAAAGCUCCUCAGCUUUAAUGACCCCUGCAGAGAAGACACCUGCAGUGCAGCCUUCAGCUGCUGAGUCCAAACCUUCUGAGGAUCCCCCAAAGAGGCGCUUCUUCAUCUCACAAGUAAUGGUGCCCCUUAAGGUCCACGAGAAAAAGAAGCUGACUCGCUAUCAAAGACUGAGACAGGUUGAACUACAAAGGGAGAAAAUGUCCUGGGCCCGCAUGAAGAAGAUGAAGACUGACCAAGCCAAUCAAUUGUUUUCAGAUAUGAACUGGCAAGGUUCUAUGUUCACACCUGCUUUGUCUGUCAAUGCAGUGAGCACCGAUGCUGCACCCAAAGAUAGUUCUUCCUCUCCUCCAAGUCCUGUUUCAAGUAGCAUACCUACAACACCCAAGCCAGAAGUUCCUGAGGCUGAGACUCAAAAAUGUGAAACUGACAAAGAGGAACCACCUAAAGUUGAAGCCUCCAAGGCUAAACUUGAUGUUAAAACUGACCUUACAAAAACAGAAACACCGCAGACUGAGCCUGCUAAAGCGGAAAACACUAGAAUAACUAGACAAAGUAAGGCUCAGGCCUCUAAAGUAACGCCUACCCCAGCUCCUUCUCCAAAAGUGACUAGAUCCUCAACCAGGAGGUCACUACCAGCUGUGCCCCCACCUAUGCCCAACGGACUUAAGGCUACAAAGCCAAAGCCUGUCGAGUACAAGCCAUACAAACCACGGCCCAGGUAUUCAUUUGAUGACUUUGAACUAGAUGAUGACCCCUUACCAGCACCCCCCAAGAAGUCAAUUCCCCCAUUCAGGACUUGCCAAGUCAGCAGUCAGCCUAGUACUCUGGCCCAGUGUAAACCCACACUUCCUGCAAAGCCUUUGCAGCCUCCAAACCAGUCCAAACCAAAACCUUCAAUCGCUGCUUGUGGACAGAUCUCAGUUCAGUCAAAGUCUGUUAUUUCAACAACUGCUCAGUCAAAACCUUCCAGUUCUUCUCCCGGUCCACAACAUGCCGGUGCUACAGCACCCAUAACUCAAGCCCUCGUUAAAGCUGCUCUUUCAAACCCAGCUCAAUCAAAAGCUUCAGUCCCAACGACCCCUCAGACAAAAUCUGCCUCAGCUUCUAGUCAGUCACAGAGUGCAGCCUCAGUUUCACCCCAAUUUAAAGCUGGUAAUGCUGCAGCUCCCAGCAGACCUUCAACAGCAUCUAACACAACCCAGGCAAAACCGUCUGGUCCUAAAGUGGAUGUAGAUCCAGGUCCUUCGGAAACCCCCCCGGCUCAGUCUGCAACGGACGCUGAAAUUAAGGUGGCUGCUGGUUUGCAUUCAGCAUGUUCACCUCCCUCAAAAGAGAGCUCAGAUCAGUCUAAUGUGCAGCGAUGUGAAGAAAAACCUACAGCCAGCGGUGUUGAUCAGUGCCCACAGACUAAAAGCGUCAAGAGAGCACAGGGGACUUUAGAAAGGCCUUGUCAAGACGGCCCUGUGAAGCAGCAAGAUGGAGAGACGCCCCUGUCUGACGCUUGUCUGCAAAGAGAAGUCAAAAAACUAAAGGAGGCUGACAAAGAUGGCACCCAAACUAUUAUUGAUGCAGGUCAGAAGCAUUUUGGUGCAGUGGCCUGCAGCGUGUGUGGGAUGCUGUACUCCGCCGCCCACCCUGAAGACGAAUCUCAACAUUUGCUCUUCCACAACCAGUUCAUCAGCGCUGUGAAAUAUGUGGGAUGGAAAAAGGAGAGAAUCCUGGGAGAAUUCCCUGAUGGCAAGAUCAUUCUAGUCCUGCCAGAUGACCCCAAAUAUGCUCUCAAGAAGGUGGAAGAGAUUAGGGAGAUGGUGGACAAUGAUCUGGGCUUCCAGCAGGUGGAAACCAAGUGUCCAUCGCAGACCAAAACCUUCCUCUUUAUCACAAACGACAAGAAAGUGGCCGGCUGCCUUAUAGCAGAGCACAUUCAGGAGGCCUACAGGGUGAUUGAAGAGACAGCUCCCGGCGUCUCAGAAGGUGAGAAGGUGAUGUUUGAGCGCCAGAGAGCUUGGUGUUGCUCCACCACAGCCGAACCAGCCCUCUGCGGGAUCAGCCGCAUAUGGGUGGUCAGCAUGAUGAGACGCCGCAGCAUCGCCUCCCGCUUGGUGGAGUGCCUCAGGAACAACUUCAUAUACGGUUCUUACCUGAGCAAAGAUGAGAUCGCUUUCUCCGACCCAACCCCCGACGGGAAGCUCUUCGCCACAAAGUACUUUGGCACGUCCCAGUUUUUGGUAUAUAACUUUGUGAGCGGAACACACUCCUCCCAGCCCAAAACUGUUUCAGUAUGACAGUCGCCAGGAGAGGUGAGGAUGAAUUUAACCGAGACGCUCAAAGACCAAGUGGACUAAAACGUGUCUGACUGACUCUUCAAUUGUGGGGAGGUAACAAAAAGACUAAAUUCCUUCAGAAAGGACACUGAUUGGUUCAAAUCUCAGGAUCAAAACAACACUGCGUUGUUGGAAAAUACAAAUUCACCCUUUAAUCCCAACCGAGUCAACACAUUUAUUAGUGGAAACAAAUCAUGUGUCAUCGUUUUCAAAAUAUUUUAAAUGAUUUUAGAUUUUGUCUUUAACCAUUCCUAAGUUACUACAAUGACGUUGUCACAUUCAAAACAUGUUUAAAAUUCACAGCUGCUCAAUUUUUAAUCACUUAACAUUUUUACUCCUCCUUUGACUUGAUCAUGUUUAAUUGUCACACAAACUAAUCAUGUAAACAAUGUGCUUCAGUCUGAGAAUUUAAUGCCCGCUGGUUUUAUCUGAAGAACUCAUGUUUAGAAGUGUAGCUUGGGCAUUAAAAAGGUGCUCCUAACUUUCUUUAGAUCACCUUGCUCGAACUGUGAUGUGUUCCAAGCUGAGCCAUAUCCUGUCCGUUCACGUAGCAGGGCAUUGUAACCUACUAUACUGUAUCAAGUGUCUUUUUCAUUUCACCGUUUGCUUUGAUUGUGCCUGAAUUGAACAGUGUUUGACUACAAAUGCUCAUUUUUCUCCCCCAAACCUUUCUAGAAUUAGUUCACAAUAUCAUCCCCUAUUCCUUAGUAACUUCCACUGUAUAGUAUUUCAACGUGUAGAUAAAUGCAUACUAUAACGACAUUUAUAAUAAACCAUGUAAAAGGUC